AUGAAGCUCGGUGCGUUGGUGCAAGCUGCUAGGCUCGAAGCGGCCGAUGGAGCUGGCGGUUCGGAACCACUCACUGCUCGCGAUGGUCCCACCUCGAUGCCAACCUUUGAUAGGUUUGCUCACUACAAAGCGAUGCGUUACACGUUAUGGAUUCUUCGAUCGCAAGCGAUUACACAACCUCGUGCAAUUUUUCAACUUGGUCGAGGUAUCCUUCAAAAGAGCGCCAGAAAUUCGCUGUAUACCAAACAGCAGGAAUGA